AUGCAGACAUGGGAGAGGGAGGUACUCCGGGGGGUUCGGGGGGGGCCCUCGGCGCUGCUCCGCGCCCCGCCGCCCGCCGCAGAAGCCCCGCGGAGCCGCCGCGCAGCGCAGCAGCGCCCGCCGGAGCCCAUCCAGGUGUACGGACAGGUCAGCCUCAACGACUCCCACAACCAGAUGGUCGUUCACUGGGCAGGAGAGAAGAGCAACGUGAUCGUGGCCUUGGCUAGAGACAGCCUGUCUUUGCUGGGUCCCAAAAACAGCGACGUCUACGUCUCCUACGACUACGGGAAGAGCUUUAAAAAGAUUUCAGAGCGGUUCAGCUUCGGGGACGGGAACGGCAGCGCCGUGGCCAUCGCCCAGUUCUACCACAGCCCGGCCGACAACCAGCGGUAUAUCUUUGUGGAUGCUUUCGUCCCGUACCUCUGGCUCACCACCGACUUCUGCAAGAGCAUCCAGGGCUUCUCGAUCCCCUUCAGGGCAGCAGACCUCCUCCUGCACAGCAGGAACCCUAACCUCGUCUUGGGCUUCGACAGGUCCCAUCCCAACAAGCAGCUCUGGAAAUCGGAUGAUUUUGGCCAGACCUGGAUCAUGAUUCAGGAACACGUCAAGUCGUUUUCUUGGGGCGUCGAGCCCUACGAUAAGCCAAACACGGUGUACAUCGAGCGGCACGAGCCUUCCGGGGCUUCGACUGUCAUUCGCAGCACGGAUUUCUUCCAAACCCGAGAAAACGAAGAGGUGAUCCUGGAAGACGCCGAAGACUUCCAGCUCAGGGACAAAUACCUGUUUGCCACCAAGUCUGUGCGUUUGCUGGGCAGCUCACAGCCGCCGUCGGUCCAGCUCUGGGUUUCCUUCAACCGCAAGCCGAUGCGGGUGGCCCAGUUCGUUACCAAGCACCCAAUUAAGGAAUAUUACAUCGCCGACGCAUCGGAGGACCAGGUGUUCGUGUGCGUCAGCCACGACAACAACCGCACCAACCUCUACAUCUCGGAGGCAGAGGGCCUGAAGUUCUCCCUGUCCUUAGAAAACGUGCUGUACUACAGCCCGGGAGGAGCUGGCAGCGACACUUUGGUCAGGUAUUUUGCCAACGAGCCCUUUGCGGACUUCCACCGCGUCGAGGGCGUGCGGGGCGUCUACAUCGCCACGCUGAUCAACGGCUCCUUCAGCGAGGAGAACAUGCGCUCCGUCAUCACCUUCGACAAGGGGGGCACCUGGGAGCCGCUGCAGCCCCCGGCGCAGACGCGCUACGGGGAGAAGACGAACUGCGAGCUCUCCCAGGGCUGCUCCCUCCACCUGGCCCAGCGCCUGAGCCAGCUGCUGAAUUUCCAGCUGCGCAGGAUGCCCAUCCUCUCCAAAGAGUCGGCGCCGGGACUGAUCAUCGCCACUGGCUCCGUCGGCAGGAACAUGGCAAGGAAAACCAACGUCUACAUCUCCAGCAGUGCCGGGGCGAGGUGGAGGGAGGCGCUGUCGGGGCCCCAUUAUUACACCUGGGGCGACCAUGGGGGCAUUCUCGUGGCCAUCGCGCAAGGCACGGAGACCGACCAGCUCAAGUACAGCACCAACGAAGGGGAAACCUGGAAAACGUUCACCUUCUCGGAGAAGCCGGUGUUUGUGUACGGGCUGCUGACGGAGCCCGGGGAGAAGAGCACCAUAUUCACCAUCUUCGGCUCAUACAAAGAGAACGGCCACAGCUGGCUGAUCCUGCAGAUCAACACCACUGACGUGCUGGGGGUCCCUUGCACAGAGAACGACUACAAGCUGUGGUCGCCCUCCGACGAGCGAGGCAAUGAAUGCUUACUGGGGCAUAAAACUGUUUUCAAAAGGAGGACUCCUCAUGCGACGUGCUUCAAUGGGGAGGAUUUUGACAGGCCUGUCAUGGUCUCCAACUGCUCUUGUACAAGGGAAGACUUUGAAUGUGAUUUUGGCUUUAAGCUGAGUGAGGAUUUAUCAUUGGAAGUCUGUGUCCCCGACCCUGAAUUUGCUGGGAAGCCGUACGACCCACCGGUACCUUGCCCCGUUGGCUCAACUUACAAGAGGACUCGAGGCUACCGCAAGAUCUCCGGGGACACGUGUAUAGGUGGAGACAUCGAGUCCCGGCUCGAAGGGGAGCUUGUACCGUGCCCGCUGGCUGAGGAGAACGAGUUCAUCCUGUACGCCACCCGCUACUCCAUCCACCGCUACGACCUCUCCUCGGGCGUCAGCGAGGAGCUGCCGCUGGCCGGGCUGCGCGGGGCGGUCGCCCUCGAUUUUGACUACGAACACAACUGCUUGUACUGGGCCGACGUCACCCUCGACAUCAUCCAGCGUCUUUGUCUCAAUGGCAGCUCUGGGCAGGAAAUAAUCGUAAGCACCGGGCUGGAAACAGUAGAAGCCUUGGCCUUUGAACCUCUCAGUCGGUUGCUGUACUGGGUCAAUGCUGGGAUUCCCAAAAUCGAGGUUGCCAAUCCGGACGGAGACCUGCGUCUCACCGUCCUCAAUUCCUCCAUACUUGAGCGACCCAGAGCCCUCGCCCUGGUUCCCCGAGAAGGGCUGAUGUUCUGGACCGACUGGGGAGACUCCAGACCCGGCAUUUACAGAAGCGACAUGGACGGGUCCUCGGCCAGCUACAUCGUCUCGGAGGGUGUGCGGUGGCCCAACGGCAUCUCGGUGGACGACCGCUGGAUCUACUGGACCGAAGCCUACAUGGACAGAAUCGAGAGGGUGGAUUUCAACGGGCUGCAGAGAUCCGUGAUCCUGGACAGCCUCCCGCACCCCUACGCUAUCGCUGUAUUUAAGAAUGAGAUCUACUGGAACGACUGGUCGCAGCUGAGCAUCUUCCGAGCAUCCAAAACCAGCGGCUCCAGGAUGGAGACUUUGGUCAGCCGGUUAAAUGGGAUCAUGGACAUGAAAAUAUUUUACAAAGGAAAAACAACAGGGCAGAACGCCUGCAUCGCCCACCCCUGCAGCCUGCUCUGCCUGCCCAAAUCCAACAAUGGCCGGAGCUGCAAGUGCCCCGAGGGGGUUUCCAGCUCCGUGCUGCCCACAGGGGAGGUGAGGUGCGACUGUCCUCGCGGCUACGUCAUGAAGAACAACACUUGCCUGAAGGAAGAAAACACGUGUCUGCCCAACCAGUACAGAUGCUUCAAUGGGAACUGCAUCAACAGCAUUUGGCAGUGUGACAACGACAAUGACUGCGGGGACAUGAGCGACGAGAAGAACUGCCCCACCACGGUGUGUGACGCUGAGACCCAGUUCCGCUGCCGGGGCUCAGGGACCUGCAUCCCGCUGUCCUACAAGUGCGACCUGGAGGACGACUGCGGAGAUAACAGCGAUGAAAGUCACUGCGAGGCUCACCAGUGCAGAAGCGACGAGUUCAGCUGCAGCUCAGGGAUGUGCAUUCGUCUUUCCUGGAUGUGCGAUGGCGAUAAUGACUGCAGGGACUGGUCUGAUGAAGCCAACUGCACCAUGUCCCACACCUGCGAGGCCUCCAGCUUCCAGUGCCUCAACGGCCACUGCAUCCCGCAGCGCUGGGCUUGCGACGGCGACGCCGACUGCCAGGACGGCUCCGACGAGGACCCUGCUGACUGUGAAAAAAAGUGCAACGGCUUCCAGUGCCCCAAUGGGACUUGCAUCCCGACCAGCAAGCACUGCGAUGGCAUCACCGACUGCUCCGAUGCCUCAGACGAGCAGCACUGUGAGCCCCUGUGUACCCGCUACAUGGAUUUCGUGUGCAAGAACCGGCAGCAGUGCUUGUUCCACUCCAUGGUGUGCGACGGCAUCAUCCAGUGCCGAGACGGAUCAGAUGAGGACGCCAACUACGCCGGAUGCUCCCAGGACCCCGAGUUCCACCGCACCUGCGACCAGUUCAGCUUCCAGUGCCAGAAUGGUGUGUGCAUCAGCCUGGUGUGGAAGUGCGACGGCAUGGAUGACUGCGGCGAUUACUCGGAUGAAGCAAACUGUGAAAACCCAACAGAGGCCCCGAACUGCUCCCGGUACUACCAGUUCCGGUGCGGGAACGGGCACUGCAUCCCCAACCGGUGGAAGUGCGAUGAGGAGAACGACUGCGGGGACUGGUCGGAUGAGAAGGAGUGCGAGGGCUCCCCAGUAGUUCCUGUCACCGCAGCCGCCCCGCCGACGUGCCUGCCCAACCACUACCGCUGCAACAGCGGCGCCUGCAUCGUGAACAGCUGGGUCUGCGACGGGUACAAGGACUGCGCCGACGGCUCCGACGAGGACGCCUGUCCCACCUCCCGCCCCAACGUGACGACCACCUCUCCGACGCCGCGGGGCCGCUGCAGCAGGUUCGAGUUCGAGUGCCAGCAGCUGCACAAGUGCAUCCCCAACUGGAAGCGCUGCGACGGCCGGCGGGACUGCCAGGACGGCACGGACGAGAGGAACUGCCCAACGCACAGCACCCUGCCGUGCCCUCAUGGCUACAAGUGCGAGGACGGCGAGGCCUGCCUGAUGGUGGCGGAGCGCUGCGACGGGUACCUGGACUGCUCAGACGGCAGCGAUGAGAGGAACUGCACGGACGACACGAUCGUGUACAAAGUCCAGAACCUGCAGUGGACAGCCGAUUUCUCCGGCGCCGUCACUCUGACAUGGGCUCGGCCAAAGAGGAUGUCCUCGACCUCCUGUGUCUACAACGUGUAUUACAGGACGGUCGGUGAAAGCAUCUGGAAGGUUUUGGAAACCCACAGCAACAAAACCAACAGCGUUUUGAAGGUCCUCAAGCCCGACUGCACCUAUCAGGUGAAGGUCCAGGUGCAGUGUCUCAGCAGAGUCUACAACACCAACGAUUUCAUCACCCUGCGGGCACCCGAAGGAUUACCAGAUGCCCCCUUUAACCUUCAGCUGUCCCUGAAAAAGGAAGCCGAGGGGGUGGUGACAGGCUGCUGGAGCCCCCCUGUGAACGCCCAUGGCCUCAUACGGGAGUUUAUUGUGGAAUACAGCAGGAGUGGAUCCAAGGAAUGGUCCUCCCUCAGAACCACCAAGAACUACACUGAGAUCAAGAACUUGCAGGUCAACGCGUUAUACACGGUUCGAGUUGCUGCAGUGACUAGUCGAGGAGUGGGAAACUGGAGCGAUUCCAAAUCCAUAACCACCAUCAAAGGCAAAGUCAUUCCUCCACCUGUCAUACGUGUUGAGGGCUACACUGAGGACUCCAUAAGUUUCAGCCUAAAAAUGAAUACUAAUAUCAAGGUCAGCGGUUACGUUGUGAACAUCUACUGGACAUUUGAUACACACAGGCAGGAAAAAAGAACUCUGACCAUAGAAGGAGAAAAGUCGAUCCAAAAAGUGGCCAACUUGACAGCUCAGACGCCCUACGAAAUUUCUGCUUGGGCUAAGACGGAGCUGGGCGACAGCCCUCUGUCCUUUGUACACGUCGUGACCGGUGGGACAAGACCGGCGUCGCCAAGCCUCAAAGCCAGGGCCAUCAACCAGACCGCAGUGGAGUGCAACUGGACCGGGCCGAGGAAUGUGGUCUACGGCAUCUUCUACGCCACAUCCUUCCUUGAGCUGUACAGGAGCCCUCACAAUGCCACCACGACCUCCCACAACAUCACCGUGAUCGUGCAGCGGGACGAGCAGUACCUGUUCCUGGUCCGUGUGAUGUCUCCCUACCAAGGGCCACCGUCUGACUAUGUCGUGGUGAAGAUGAUCCCCGACAACCGGCUGCCCCCCCGGCACCUCCACUCGGUGCUCACUGGGAAGACGUUUGCCGUCAUCAAGUGGGAAUCACCCUACGACUCGCCUGACCAGGACAUGUUGUAUGCUGUUGCAGUUAAAGAUUUGGUAAGAAAAACAGAUAAAAUCUACAAAGUGAAAACGCGGAACAGCACGGUGGAGUACACCAUUAAGAAACUCGAACCGGGAGGCAAAUACCACGUGAUUGUUCAACUGGGAAACAUGAGCAAAGAAUCCAGCAUGAAGAUUAAUACAGUACCACUGUCUGCACCAGAUGCCUUAAAAAUUAUCACAGAAAACGACCACAUUCUGCUCUUUUGGAAGAGUUUAGCGUUAAAGGAAAGUAAUUUCAAUGAAAGCCGGGGUUACGAGAUUCACAUGUUCGACAGCCUGAUGAACAGCACGGCUUAUCUCGGGAACACCACGGAAAACUUCUUCAAAGUUUCCAACCUGAAGAUAGGGCACAACUAUUCCUUCACAGUUCAGGCCAGAUGCCUGUACAGUGGGCAGAUGUGCGGGGAGCCGGCCACGCUUCUCUAUGAUGAGCUAGGAACCGGUGAAGACUCCUCUGCAUCAAAAACCGGCAAGACCACAGAUGUAGCUGCCAUCGUGGUCCCGAUCCUGUUCCUGCUGCUGGUGACCCUGGGGGUUGGGUUCAUCGUGCUCUACACGAGGCACCGCAGGCUGCAGAGCAGCUUCACCGCCUUCGCCAACAGCCACUAUAGCUCCCGCCUGGGCUCGGCCAUCUUCUCCUCAGGGGACGAUUUAGGAGAUGAGGAUGACGAAGCUCCCAUGAUAACUGGAUUUUCAGAUGAUGUCCCCAUGGUCAUCGCAUGAAGCGCAUUUCUGACUGUAAAAACCAAAUGGUGUAAAUAUUUUAUUUGAUAAAAAUAGUUGAUUGUUUAUUUUAAAAAUGC